UGCAAGAGUUAGUUUUCUUUUGGGUGUGAAAAGAAAAAGCCCGUGUUUAUAAGUGAAAAAACUGUGAAUAUUCGCAUUUGAGAACAAUAUAAGAUUUUCCAGAAGAAUAAUGCGUAUGGUGGCGUAAGGGAAUUGUUAGUGUUUGGCAGCAAGACGUUCUAAAAAGGCUGUGUAAUGCCUCCACAACCACUUCCCCUGGAAGGAGCACCUGUCAAUUUUAUGCCGUCGUCCGGACAGGAGCCCCGCGGGGGCUCCAUCUCUCUGGCCAUUCUCAUUGACUUCAUCAUACAGCGAACUUACCAUGAGCUCACAGUUCUGGCUGAAUUACUCCCACGCAAAACAGACAUGGAGAGAAAAAUUGAGAUAUACAACUUCUCUGCACGAACACGACAACUCUUCAUACGACUACUGGCUUUGGUAAAGUGGGCUAAUUCGGCGUCAAAAGUGGACAAAUCAGCACAAAUAAUGAGCUUCCUCGACAAGCAGUCAAUGCUUUUCGUGGAAACUGCUGAUAUGUUGGCCCGGAUGGCUCGUGAAACUCUCGUUCACGCACGCCUACCCACUUUCCACAUCCCAGCAGCUGUGGAGAUUCUUACUACAGGGACAUACGGACGCCUCCCGGCCUGCAUCAGGGAGAAAAUAGUCCCUCCGGAUCCAAUAACCACUGUUGAGAAGCGACAAACUCUGUUGCGACUCAAUCAGGUGAUCCAACACCGAUUAGUGACGGGAAGUCUCAUGCCUCAGAUGAGGAAAUUCAAGAUUGACUCCGGCAGAGUCACUUUCCGGAUUGAGCAUGAGUUUGAAGUGUCUCUGACUGUGAUGGGCGACGGGCCAAACGUUCCAUGGCGCUUGCUAGACAUUGAUAUCCUGGUUGAGGAUAAGGAGACAGGAGAUGGAAAGGCAUUAGUUCAUGUGUUGCAAGUGAAUUACAUUCAUCAACUGAUACAGGCGCGUCUUGUGGACAAUCUCAAUGCCCUGGCGGAAGUGUACAAUUGCCUGCACUUCUUCUGCCAAUCUCUGCAACUUGAGGUGCUCUACACACAAACACUGCGUCUGAUCCGUGACAGACUGCAUGACAUGAUUUACGUGGAUGAAUACAUACCAGGAAGCAAAUUGACUGUGUCAUAUUGGAGAGAAUUGACCAGUAAGGAUCCAAAAUCAGAGUUGGGAUAUCGACUCACUGUACAAACAGAUCCAAACGAUACGGCAAGGCCUCUGGCAGUCUUUCACAUCCCUUCGAUAGGGAACAAGGAAUCAUCCGAAGUCGCUGAUCGUGCAGUUCGCUCAGAUCUUCUGUCCAUGGAGCGCCUUCUCGUUCACACAGUUUACGUGCGCUCUUUGGCGCGUCUGAAUGAGAUCAAAGUGGAGUUUCAGACCUUCUUGAAGGAUGUGGAGUAUCACCUCCAAGGUACUCCCGCUCGAUUGUCCGUGCCCAUUCUCAAUCCUUGUCUGCGUGCUGAACAAAUUCACAUUACGGUGGACACACACACGGGAAUAUUUCACUGUCAUGUGCCGAAACAUCUGGAUUGUCCCAUUAUUCCGGACCUUCAGGCGGCUCUCAACAGUGAGAAUGCGAAACUUCCGUAUUUAAUUUCUGAACUGAGAUACUGGAUAACUCAGAGGCGCUGUGAAAAAACGCUGCAACAUCUCCCGGCAACACCACAUGAGCAUCUUCCGUUGAUUCACGGACCGGAGGAUUUGAUUGCCAAAAUUGGUCGACACAAAGUGUUUGUGAAGCUUCAUCGGCAUCCCAAUGUGAUUCUUGUGCUGGAGAUGAAAGAGAAAGUUCAGACGCCAAGUGAGAUGGAGUAUAAUUUCUAUCUGGUGUAUGUGAAACCAGUGGGAAUUGAGGGUGUUGAAUCCAAUGAUGACACCACUGAAUCUGACGCUCCGAAGAUGUUCCUCAAGGUGCUGAACAUCAUAGAGUUUGAUACAUUUGUGACAACUCAUGGGCCGGGGACAUAUUUGGAUGAGUCAGUGAACAACAAACGGAAGGCACUUCUGAUGGAUUCAGGACCAGCAGUGAAACAGCAAAAGGCAAUUUAUCCGGCAUAUUUUAUUCCUGAGUUGGCGCAUGUUGUGGCGAUGUGUGAUGAAAAGCUCCCAUUUGUCACAUUUGCACAAGAGCUCUCAAAACGGAAAAUCCCUCAUGGAGGACUUCAAGUAGAGGCAAAUGCAACUUCACUUGUGCUGAAAUUAUUGACGCUUCCCAAGCCAGUUCCAUCGCAAGCCGACAAGUCUACUUCCACGCCUGUUGUUGACAAUGUGGUGUGGAAUGCUUUGCUUAAGCGUCUUCUUUCAGUGGCUGUAAGAGCGCAAGUUAAUCGUCACACAACGCGUCUCUGGACAGUGGAAUUGGUGUUCUACAGUACGCCGUUGUUGAGCACACAUCACAAAGAGCAAGGCUUAAGACGGGCAGUUUACUUGCAGUAUGAUCUCAUGCCAGCGGAUCAGUUCAGUAAGACAAUAGACAGUUUGCUGAACGAUUGGUCCAAGAUUGUCUACUUGUAUGCACUGGUGCAUGACUUCGCGGAGAAAUACAAAAAUGACAAAUACAAUCUACAGAAUAUUGUCACAAUCAAAUCUUACACCUACGGUAGUCUUCUGCUGGGCUACGGUCCAAAUAAAGAGGUGCUGGUGAAUAUAUUUUGGUGUACAGAAUCGAAGGAGUUCAAGAUGAUCUUCUCUGGCGGUCACUCAGCGGCCAAUUCGCAUUCAAUUAUGCGAGAGCAGCUACAAUCACAUCUCAAUCGCAAUUAUAAUCUGACUCAGACGAUACAUAUUCUUCACGAAACGUACCAGCCACUCAGUUCCAUCGCGAAAUUGCCCACAAUUCCGCAACUUGGCAUAGUGGUAAAUUUACAGCGACCACAAAAUCCGGUGCUGACUUUUUGCCUCUUUCCGCAAUCGCCGACACUUCUUCGUGUGGAGUACCAAAGCCUGUAUUGUCUGGAGAUUCGCCUGAGAGGCGGUGGUCUGAUAUCUAUUCGCGAUGGCGCGUAUAGUCGCUUUGAUCGAUGCAAUGUGCUUCAGGAGUUGAUUCCUACACAAGGACUGAAGGCCUUUCUCUCAAAGUAUGUCGAUGAGUCGACAGUGUAUCGUCGUCGAUCGCAAUCGGAGGACGAUAAUCCACCAUCGCCAAUUGCAAUGGAAGAGACUCAGGGUGGACCGACAUCUGUGGGUGGAUCUUCACCAUUUCUGGGCUUGAGAGGUCCACAGAGUCCGCGGGAUGCGGGAUUACGCUUCGCUCCGCCCAUAACACCGCCAUCGAGCUCAAAUCCACACACACCGGCGAGUCCGCACGCAUUGGGACACCCGAAUUUCAGUAUGACAUCACCACCGGCCCCGCAUUUGCCUCAUCCAUCACCCAGUGGCAUAAUGCCGUCGUCGCCACUCAACACACAGCCCAGUCCAAUGGCACACUCGCCGGGACCUAAUAGCCUGUCGUACAUGCAACAGGGUCACACCACGGACGGCAGUCCAUUUCCCACUUUGUCUCCAGGAGCAUCGAAUUGGCCAGGAUCGCCUAGUAUGCCACGGCCGUCGCCACGCUCAGGCCAGAGUCCUGAUCACAAGACUCAGCAGCCAACGACUCAUCUGUCUCGAGUUCUACCAGCUCGAUCGUGGGCAGGUGCUGUUCCUACACUUCUCACCCACGAAGCUCUCGAUACACUCUGUCGGCCAUGUCCGCAUCCGCAAAAAGAGAUUCCAGGCCCAGAACUGAGUCCUAUUGAGAGAUUCCUGGGAUGUGUGUACAUGAGACGGCAUUUGCAGCGUUUCAUUCAGAAUGAGAUGACACAACUGCCAACCAACGAGCCUGGCGUUGUAUUCUUUAAGGCUGACGGAUUGCAGUGUCAAGUGUUUCUCAAUCAUGCACACAUGCAAUCGCUUCACAUGAAGGUGAGCCAAAUACAAAAUGUUGGCUCACCGGAAGUGCAUCAAUGGAGUCAAGAGGAGCUUCAGGUGAUCGAGCAGUUCUUUGAAUUGCGCGUAGCGGCUCCUCCGUAUCGGCCGAAUGCUUUGUGUGCCUUUGCGAGGAUGAUCAAUGUCAAUAUACCGCGUGUUCUGAAGGACUUCAUACAGAUCAUGCGGCUGGAAUUGAUGCCGGAACUCGUUCAGGGUCUCAAGUGGAAUGUACAGUUUUGUCUACGUGUUCCACCUUCGGCAAUGCCAAUUGUCCCCACUGGAAUGCCGGCUGUUUUGCCAUUUAGAGGAAAGAUUCUCUUCUUUUUGCAAAUCACACGAAUUCCGUACAUGCAGGGAAUGGAUUGGAAAGAUUGUUUGUCACUGGUUUUGCCAAUGGUGUACGAUACGAGUACGAAUAGUACGCAAUUGGCGGAGCGUCGUGAGCAAGUGCAAUCCGUGGCGAUGGGCGCCGUGAGUCAUCAGUUGAAGAGAUUUGCGGAAUAUGCUGUAGUGCAGCCGAAUGAGUGCUCACUGUUUCCGGCUGUUCGUGACCUGCUGGCCAAUUUGAUGCUUCCCACAGAGCCGCAGUUGCCGCCACAGAUGCAAAAUCAGAUUGUACCCUCGCCCGUGGGCCCCGUCGGCACGAGUCCCAGUCAGAUGAUGCACUCACCCAUGCAAUCUAUGCCUCAAGGUGGACCGCCAGCUGGAGCAUACAACAUGGUUCCGCCUGGCGGGCCCAACUAGCACAUAAUGUACCACAAUCCCUACAAUCCUAAUG